AUGAGCGGCGAGACUCAACCUCAACAUCAUUGGCAGGGUGUCCUGUCCUCUGCGCUGGACGCAGUGGGUCAUACUCCUUUGGUCAGAUUACAGCGGAUAGCCAAGGAAGAAGGGCUUAACUGCAAUUUAUUGGGGAAAUGCGAGUUCUUCUCUGCAGGUGGAAGUGUCAAAGACAGGAUAGCAAAUAGAAUGGUAGAGCAGGCUGAGAAAAAGGGUGUUCUGAUACCUGGACAAAGUAUAAUCAUCGAGCCUACCAGUAAGCUAGAUCUGGCACUCCCUCUUUUUUGCCCUUCAGCUCACAAAUGUAUCAAUCUAGGUGGUAAUACGGGAAUUGGUCUCGCCCUUGCUUGCGCUAUAAAAGGAUAUCAGUGUAUUAUCACACUUCCAGCCAAGAUGAGUCUGGAGAAGGAAGUGAUGUUACGUGCAUUGGGAGCCGAGAUAGUCAGGACACCGACUGAAGCAGCUUGGGAUAGUUCCGAGAGUCAUAUCGGUGUUGCACGAAAGUUGCAGAAAUCAAUACCUGGAGGUGUGAUUUUAGAUCAGUACUCCAAUCCUCAUAAUCCUCUAGCUCACUACUAUGGUACAUACGAGGAGAUAAUGCAUUCGCUCAAAACGUCUGACUUACCACGUAAAGAUAUAUCUCUCCUGGUCGCAGGCGCAGGUACAGGCGGUACAAUCACAGGUCUAGGACGCGCUAUCAGGGAUUAUGAAGCUUCUUUGCCUCAUACCAACGGGAACUCUGCUUCUCAUGGUAGAACGACCAUAAUAGCUGUUGAUCCGGAAGGAUCGAUAUUGGGUGGAGGUGAACCCGGAAAUUAUCAAGUGGAAGGUAUAGGAUAUGAUUUCUUCCCUGAGGUUUUGGAUCCAAAUCCACCAGUGGUAGAUAAAUGGUUAAAAACCAAUGAUGAAGAGGCUUUUGACGCUACCAAGCGGCUGAUUCGAAAAGAAGGACUCUUUGUAGGUGGUUCAUCCGGAUCAGCCCUAUCCGGUACCCUACGAUACCUCCAUUCGGAAGAAGGAAAACAUAUAGCAGAAGAUCCAAAUGCCAACGUAGUCGUGAUCUUGCCGGAUGGAGUAAGGAAUUAUAUGUCCAAAUCUUGGUUCCUCGAGACAUCUAAACUUCCUACAGGAGAGAAUAUGGAAGAGAAAGAGGAUAUUAAGAGUACCAUUAGGGGUAUAUUGGGUAGAGAUUUGAAUGACGUGAUGAGCGUGGUGGACAGUAAAAGGGAGAAAGGGGAGAAGUUGGAAAAUGGUGAUUGA